GGCAAGGCUCAGUUUUGAAUGUCGAGAUUCAACGACGGCAUGAUGGACGACCAUGACUCGGCGCACGAGUCGAUUCCUGGGUAUGUGACAAUGGCGGUACAGGUUCGCUCGAAGAAGCAACAGAACGAGGUGGGGGUCGCUGUGCGCCGACCACGCGCGCGCAAGUCUUGUGUCCGGAACGCGCCUGGCGAAGACAAGAAUCAAUGGGAGCUGAUCUUGUACUCGUUCACCGAUUGCAAUCAGCUGUCAACGCUGGACAACUUGCUGGUGCAAGUUGCUCCGUCGGAAUGCCUUGCGAUGGAAGGAGAUGCCGACAGCAAAGUGUUUCGACUGCUCUUGCAAUCCCAUGGGGUUGAAAAGACUGCAGUACCCCCGAAGCGGUUCAAGACGACAUCUGCGGCGAUGGAGACCAACUUGUGUCGAUUGAUAGGUACAUCGGGCAUCCAAGCGACCCAUCGUGUGGAAAUCGAGAUGGAGUUGGCGCUUGGCGCAUUGUCGGCCAUCAUCGAGACACAAUCGCUCCUUCUGGACACAGACAGUUUCGGCACGUACUCGUUGUCUGUUGGCAACAUAGCUUCCGCAGUGCAGUUGGAUCGAGCCGCAUUGACCGCGUUGAAUCUUCUACCGGAUCCGAUGCUCUCCGGGAGCCACCAGACACAGAACGCGAGCGUGCUCGAGCUGCUAAAUCGCGGAAAAACGGCCAUGGGACGUCGGAUGUUGGAGCGGUGGAUACGUAUGCCGCUCAUGAAUGCCGACGCAAUCGCGGAGCGUCAGGAAGUCGUCUCAACUUUCGUUCAAGAGUCCACCCUGCGCAUGGAACUUCUGGACGAGUGUAUGAAGGGGUUGCCGGAUCUAGAGAAGCUCGCGACGACUCUGGGCAAGGUCAAGCACGUCAAACUCGAUCACUUGGUAUCUGUGUACGACGCCGCCAAGUUUGUUCUGCCUCGCAUUGUGAACGCGCUGGACGAUCACGAGAGCUUGCACGCGGCGUUCAAACAUCCCCUGGAGAAAGUCCAAGCCGACUUUCAAGGGUUCAUUGGGCUCAUCGAAGAGCUUGUCGACUUCAACUCACGGCCGAACGUGACCGUGAACGCCAAGCACGACCAGGAGCUCCAGGACAUUCGGAAUGCGCUGCAUCAAGUGGAAGGCGAGAUCGAGGACGAGCACGCGCGCGCCAAAGACGACAUUGGCGGCGACAUCAAGUGCGAAAAAGACAAGGUUCGGGGGUACGUCUUCCGACUCAUCAACAAGAAGGAAGAAGAGCGGCUGUCGAAGAUGAAGAACGUUCACAUCUGCCAAGUCCUCGUCAACGGCCUCUACUUCACCACGAAUAAACUCAAGCAGCUUGGGAAAGUUUACUUGCAACACGUGGCCGAUUAUGAAGCCCGCCAGACGCACAUCCUCGCAGCAGCCAUCGAAGUCGCGGCCACCUACGUCCCGGUCCUCGAGUCUGCAUCGACGUUGCUCGCCACCCUGGACGUGUUACUCGGGUUUGCCCACGUUGCGUCGCACGCGAGCUACUGCCGUCCAGUAAUCGGCACGUCGGCCAUUGUGAUCGACGGAGCGCGCCACCCAUGCGUCGAACUCCAAGACGGCGUGCAGUUCAUCCCGAAUAACGUCGACAUGGACGCCGCGACGUCGCGGUUCCAGCUGAUCACGGGGCCAAAUAUGGGCGGGAAGUCGACAUAUAUCCGUGCACUGGGCGCCAUCGUUGUGAUGGCUCAAGUCGGGUCGUUCGUUCCAGCUACGUCUGCCAUGCUGCCGAUUGUCGACAAGUUACUCGUCCGCGUUGGCGCCGGGGACAUGCAGCAACGUGGAGUGUCGACGUUCAUGCUCGAGAUGCUCGAAGCAGCAGUCAUUUGCAAGAAAGCCACCAACAAGAGCCUCGUGAUUAUCGACGAACUUGGCCGCGGCACGUCCACCUACGACGGGUUUGGGCUGGCGUGGGCUAUCUCUGAGUACCUCGUGCAGCGGCGGUGUUGGUGCGUCUUCGCCACGCACUUCCACGAGCUCACCGCCCUCGCGCAUGACAAGUCGGUUGAGGCGACAGGCGUCGUGAACAAGCAUCUUACUGCCCACACGACCGAGAAUCACAUUGCGAUGGUCUACGAAGUUCGCGACGGCCCGUGCCUGGAAAGCUUCGGCAUUCACGUGGCCGAGAUGGCAGGGUUCCCGCAGUCUGUCGUGGGACUUGCGAAGAGGAAGGCCAAAGAGCUCGAGCACUUUGACAUGGCCAAGUCCACGACCAGAGACCACGAGCCGGCGUCGUUCAAGAGGCGUUUCCGCGCGCUCGACGUGCCGUCUAUGUCGGACGAUGCGGUGCUCACCGCGGUGGCCGCGCUGCUAUGAAGGUCAAACAACAAACCAUACAACGUAGAAUAUGUCUAGCUGAAGGUGCUUCGCCCGUCCCACAUCACGUCCAAUGCACCACAGAUUGUAUUACGCGCCGUGCCUAAAUGUCUGGGUUGGG